UGAAGCCAGCAAGGAGCCUCAAAGGACUAGUGAGAGGACGAAUUUCCUUGUCGUCUCCACUGCCUCACAUAACUGACUGCGAUGUAACAUCACCUACUGUCAGUUCACUCGAAGACUGUGUUUCUGUUCUCAAGUAUUCACUGUUAUCAUCAUGCCGAUGAAAAAUUGCCAUUGCCAAAUGGGAGGUUUUGCUUUGAGCACAGUGGCCUGGCUACUUUGCUGCAUAUCCAUAGGCCUCCCUCAGUGGCAAGUGUGGCACUAUGAAGAUCCUGUGAUCCUCAAGCCUACAGUGGCUUUCGUAGGUGUAUGGAGAGCCUGCAUUUUCCACACUAACAGCAACUCCAGCAACAACAGAGUGUGUCACCAAUACAACUACCGUGAAUCCUUCAUUCCUUUGUAUAUUCGAGUAAGCCAGCACUUGCUGCUGGUUUCUAGCUUUCUGGGGCUCUGUGGGAAAAUCACCACCAUUAUUGCUCUUUCAAAUGUGUGUAUGGGAAGAGUACGGAGGAAUGCCACCAGAAAUCCAUUCAGCCUUCCAGGAAUUCUGAAUAUCAUCACUAGCAGCUUUCUUUACCUUGCUGUUUUAUUCAAUUACAUAGCCAUCAUCCACAAAUGGGGAGGUGCCUUCCCACCGUCUUUUCAUAUGCCUUCCCAUCCAGACACUCAGAAGGUGGGCAGCGCCAUGGCUUUGGCAAUUACAGCUGCAGUUUUCUUUCUACUAAGUGGCAUACUUUGUUUUUUUUCAAAUUUAUCUAUAGGCAAGAUGCCCCAUCCCAAAAUUUAAAAAUAAAUUGCUACCUUACAUAGCCUUGCAAUGCCAGCAAAGAGAAUAUGUAUUCUUCAUGUGUCAACAUAAAUUUUUAAGGAACUUGAAAGGAUGCCAAUUGUGGCCUGUGACAAAAGAUAGUCCAGUUGACUUUCUCUUAUCUAUUUGGCUUCUUUUGUGUUGCCUUAAUUCAUUAUUUGGAUUGUGGGCUUUUAUUAAAUAAAAUCUUAUUUUAUGGGCAGUAUUAAAUUUGUGUUUUACUUGCUGUCAACAAAUGUAAAUAAUCAAUAAACCUAAUACAUAUUGAA